AUGGAUUUUGCAACAGAUUUAAAGGAGCUUUCAUUGCACCAUUGUUUUAAACCUUCAUCUGUGGCAGUUAUUGGAGCUACGGAAAGAGAGGGCUCUGUCGGUAAAACAGUACUAGAAAACCUUAUAAGAUGCCGUGGAGAAGAAAAAUCUAAAUUUGACAUAUAUCCGGUUAAUAUCUCGAGAUCUACUUGUUGUGGUCUUGAUUGCUUUUCUUCUAUCAAUAACUGUCCUUCUACGGUAGAUUUAGCUGUAAUUGUAAUACCAGCUUACCACGUUGAAAAAGCUGUAGCUGACUGUGGGGAAGCAGGAGUCAAGUUCUUGAUAAUUAUUUCUGCAGGUUUCAAAGAAUUAGGCGAUGAAGGAGCUGAAAGAGAGCAUCGCGUAGUUGAAUUAGCUAAAAAAUACUCUAUGAGAAUUAUAGGUCCAAACUGUUUAGGAAUUAUGUGUCCAAAUAACAAUUUAAACGCGACAUUUGCGGCUUCCGAUGCCUUAAAAGGAUCUAUAGCUUUUAUAUCACAAUCAGGAGCAAUGUGCACAUGUGUUCUAGAUUGGUCACUUAAAGAAAAAAUUGGAUUUUCGGCAUUUAUUUCCAUAGGUUCCAUGUGUGAUAUUUCAUGGCCAGAUAUAAUUGAGUAUUUUGGUCAUGAUCCAGAUACUAAAGCUAUACUUAUAUAUAUGGAGUCCAUUGGUGAUGCAGAAAAAUUUAUUGAAGUAGCUAAAGAGAUAACUAAAGUUAAACCAAUUGUAGUUAUUAAAGCUGGUAUUACAUCUGAAGCUAAAAGUGCAGCCGAGUCUCAUACAGGUUCUUUAGCUGGUAGCCAUGAAUCGUUUAUAUGCACUAUGAAAAGAUGCAACAUUAUUGUAGUAAAUUCUAUUGCAGAGUUUAUCGGUAUGGGUAAUUAUUUAUCCAAACAACCAUUACCUCGAGAUUCUAAAAUAUGCAUUAUCACUAACGCUGGAGGCCCUGGAGUUUUAGCAACAGAUUCUGCAGUUAUCAGUGGUUUAGAAAUAUAUAAAAUGCCUGAAGUAAUUAUUGAUGAAUUAAGUACAUUUUUACCAUCUGCUUGGAGCCACUCUAAUCCUGUUGAUAUACUAGGAGAUGCAUCUGCUUCAAUAUAUUACCAAACACUUGAAGCUAUACUAAAUAGUCCUGAAGCAGAUUCUGUGGACUCUAUACUAGUGAUUUUAUCACCCCAAUCCGUCACAGAUUCCACUGGUACAGCCAAAUCUAUUUUAGAGUUUAAAACGUCCAAAAAGCCAAUAGUCUGUGCAUGGAUGGGUGGUGUUGAAGUACACGAAGGAAGUGUAUUAUUGAAUAGCCACAACGUACCUUGCUUUGAUACACCAGAUUUGGCUUGCCAAAUCUUGGGCAAAUUAUAUCAAUAUAAACGUAAUUUAGUCCUAUACAUGCCCAGAGACACAAUGGAUGAAAAUAUGGCUCCCAAUGAACUUGUGUCUAAAAAAGCUGGACGGUAUAACAUUGAGUAUAUACAGAAAACCAUUUGUGACCAUGAAUAUAAUAUACCAACAUACCAAAAACUACAAGAAGCUUUAAAAAAGAGCACAGAAAUUAUCGAAAAUUGCAAAAUUGCUCAAAGAAAUGUUCUUACAGAAAGCGAAUCUAAAAAAGUUUUUUCAUAUUUCAAUAUACCCGUAUGUGCAACAAUACUUUGUCACAGCUUAGAUAAGGCGAAAACAGCUGCAACCCAUCUUGGUUACCCAGUUGUACUGAAAUUACACUCAGAACAAAUAUCUCAUAAAUCGGAUGUUGGAGGCGUACAUAUAAACAUACAAACAGAAGAAGAAUUAACAGAGAAAUAUAAUUUAAUACAGCAAAAUUUAGAUAAAUUGGGCAAAUCCGAAUGUUUUCAAGGAGUCACAGUUCAACAAUAUUUAGAUGUAAAAUCGGGAUAUGAGCUUAUUCUCGGUUCUUCGUUAGAUUUGCAGUAUGGACCGAUGAUAUUAUUUGGAUUUGGAGGAGUUAUGGUAGAAGUUUUUAAAGACUGUGCAUUAGAAUUAUUACCAUUGGACCCAAUAGUAACAAUUAAUCAAAUUACAUCAACCAAAAUAUAUAAUGCCAUUUGCGCAGAAAAAAAAUCCAGAUUUUUGAAUAUAUCUCCUCAUAAAGUAAUAGAAAUGUUACUUCGAUUUUCAUUGAUGGUUCAAACAUUAUCUACUCAUGUGCAAGAAAUAGACAUUAAUCCUUUAAUUGCUUUACAGCAAGGAGGGAAAGAUGUGCUGAUAGGAUUAGAUGCACGUAUUGUACUUAGAGAUGAACAAACUAAAAAUUAUCCAACUGCCAUUGUACCUUCUUAUCCUAUUCAGUACAUUUUUGAAAAAACAGUUGAGCGUAAAACUGUAGCAAUAUACCCUGCUACUUUUAACGACUAUACAAAGCUUAAAACACUUAACCUUUCUCACUUAGCCUACAGUAAUUAUUCCAAACAAAUACCUCUACUGAUGGUUCAUGAAGAUAGGUUACUUGCAGUUAGUGUUAUUACUAUGUUACCUUAUAAAACACCUACAGCUGUUUUCGAAAUUUAUAAAGCGGACAAAAUAAAUAACGAAUCACCAACUAUGGAUGCACUUUUAUCCAAAACUUUUGAAGUUGCUAAACGUAUGAAUAUUCAAACUUUGAUUUCUAUAAACACACCACCCAUGGAAAGUUUGAAAAAUCAAAAACACUGCGAUAUAAAAUUAACAAAAUUGGAUAAAUCAGUUAUUGAUGCCUGUGCAAUAUCUAUUCAAUAA